CUCUCCUGCACGUUCCCUCCAUGCUUUAUAUUUGUUGGUGAUAAAGCUGCCAGACAAUGGGAUCCCACCUCUGGAAUGUUUUCUCUUAGGAGCAACACCGAGCCCUGAGAACAGUCUGGACACUGGGAAACGGCUCAACUGCACAGAAACAACAUCUUUAAAGCCAAACUAAGAAUUAAGCCCUGUUUCAGCACACACACCAUGCUUUACAUUGCAAAUAUUCCCUUUUCUUUCCAUAGAGAAACGCUAAAGGUAAAAGCACUGCAGGGAAACAUCUCUAAAGCUGCUGUAAUGUGCUGGGGAAUCCUCCAAAGCCAAAAUACCUGCUUAGAAAACCCAGUGUCACCAGCCCUGCAGCAGCCUGGUGUCAUGUGCCCCAUGGCCGAGCUUUUAAUGGUGACAAAAGCCACCUCUAUGUGCACUUUGGUUCUGGCCAAGGGGCCAGAAGAUGCUCGAGGUGACAGCAGCAGUGAGAAAAGGAGGAUGCAGCCGUUGCUGCAGCCAGGGACAUCGGGCUCAGCUCACAACUACACUGUGGGGAUGAAGGGAAAAUACACUCACAGUGGCAAUUCUCAUGUUAAGCACAUGCACCCCCCCAAAAAGAGGUCUUUAUACCCCGUUCUGGAGAGCUCCCAGUUCGGGAGUGAUGUGAAACUAAAGGGAAAAGGCGAGCAGGAGGGGGUCUGGGGGGAUCCCAAGCUGGAGCAGUGCAUGGGGCUGCUGCCCUGAUGCACACCUGGAUGUGGGGCUCAGUGCAGAAGCAGGGACCACGUUGAAGCUCUGGGCGCUGCCACAGAUGCUCUUUGGUAGCUGCUGAUGAGACGUCUACAUCAAGAAGAGGAAGAACCUCUUGAGGUAAAGCCAGCCCUACCACUAAGAGGGGACCCUGCGUGGAGAGGGGAGAUGGCACAAAACCCCUCCAUCACUGGCUCCACCACCAUGGCCCAGCUGUGGCUCCAUCUCUGCAUCUGCCUCCAGAUCCCAGGUUUCUGUGCAAACCUCCUUUUAACCCAGACUCCAAAGCACAUUACAGCCCAAGCUGGCAAUGAAACACAACUGCUGUGUGAGCUGCGGAGGGAGCACGCCGGGGUGUACUGGUACCGCUGGAGCCAGGAGAGGCAAAACUUUGAGUUCUUGAUGUUUUCCAGCCCCAUGGGCAAAGUCACCUAUGGCAGAGACAUGAGCCAGGAGAAGUUCAGUGCCCAUGGAACAAGUUCCCUCACCUCCUACAGCCUGCGCAUCAGCCGCCUCCAUGCCUCGGACAAUGGGAUCUAUUACUGCUCCAUCUCCCAGUCCUCCCAGCUCAUCCUGGGCACUGGGACACGGCUCAGUGUGGUUGAUGCCUUUCCUCUGCCUUCAAAGACCACUCAGGCCCCACUCUCCACAAAGCCCCUGCAGUGCGUGACCAAAAGCAAAGCUCCCAUCAGGAAAGGUGCCUGCAGCCCCCUGGUCUGGGUCCCGCUGGCCUCCACUGUCCUGGUCCUCCUGCUGAGCCUGGUCCCCAUUGCCCAUCGCUUCCACUGUAUGAAGCGGAGGCUGUGGCUUCGCAUCCACAGGCAGUAAAUCCCACUGGCUCCUCGGGCAGACAGGGAGAAGCUACGGACCCCCCUGCCUGGACAUGACCCAGGAAGGAUGUUACAGGAGACAGACAUAAGCUUGUGCUGCCAGACAGACAUUUAUUCCCUGUGACAGACCAUGACUUUAACAGGUUUCCUUACCACAACAGCUGGCAAAGGGACC